CUAUGUGGAAAAGCAGGUGAAUGCGGUUGCUAAGCAACCCUUUAAAAAAACAACAUGGCGGACAGACCAAGACCCGCGUCUCAGGGGGCCAAAAAACCUCAGCGCUCCGGUUCUCAGAGACCUCCAUCUGCAACGAGACCUACAGACCGUCCUGCUUCUGUUCCAGCGAAGAAGCCAGCUCAGAUGGACCUGCUGGCUAAAGAAGAGGAAUACAAGAGACUUAACGCAGAACUGGAGGCUAAAACAGCCGAGCUGGUGCGGCAAGCGGAGGAGGUUAUGCGAGAACAAAACGAGGUGCUGUCGAAACCCAUCUCAACCCACCUGAGCCUCGAAUUUGCAGACGACUCCGAGGAAUUUGGGGAUGCCCUCGUGCACUCGGUGAGACAAUCUACAGCAAAGGCAGUGACGGGGAAAAGGUCUUUAAAAGCAGGAAAGCUGAACAGACCUCCGUCAGCUCCCAGAAAGACCGCGCAAAAAAAGACGCCAACAGUCGUGGAUGACGUUGCCGUGCCGGAGGAUUUUACAGAUUUCUCGCUGGCUAAGACUAUAAGCAACAUGGAGCGUAGAGUAAACGAUGAUGUCACGGGCGAGCAGCCGGAGGACGAUGUCAUGCCGAGUGCCGGCGAAGACAUGGGUGCAGAGGCUCAGAUCCGCUUCUUGAAGGCCAAACUCCGAGUGAUGCAGGAAGAGUUAAACAGACUCUCGCACGAAUGCGACAAGAAGGACGAGGAGAAUGGAGAGUUGAGCAGUAAGCUGAAGGAGGUGGAGGAGGAUCGAGUCAGACUGCAGAGGACCACCAGCACGCUGCAGACGCAGUUGGAGAAGCACCGAGCGCUGGCGGAAGACGCUAACAGGAACUGCGACGGCCUGCGCCAUCAAGUCACCGCGUUACAGAAGGAGGUGGAGGGAAUGAAAAGGGCUCAGAAGCAGGCGUCCAGCAGCCACAGUGCCACAGAGGUGAGACUGAACCGAGCUCUGGAGGAGGCCGAGCGGUGCAAAGCUGAACUCAACAAGCUCAAACAAAGCAGCAAGGACUCUGCGAAUCAGGAGCAGCAGAGGAUCGACGCUUUACAGGCGGAGAACAAAAAGCUGGAGAGACAGAAAGCCGACCUCCUCACAGGCUUUAAAAAGCAGCUCAAGCUUAUUGAUGUUUUAAAAAGACAAAAGAUGCACUUCGAGGCCGCGAGGAUGAUGUCCUUUACCGAGGAGGAGUUCACGAAGGCUUUGGACUGGGGAAAAUCGUAACGCGUACACGUCGGCGUGCGUUUCACCCCAACCCUAACCCCUCACCUGAGCUGUCAAAG